CUAUCAAUAUUAUCAUAAAUCAUAAAUAAAAUAGGAAGCGGAAACCUCUAAACAAUCCAAACGGUAAUUUGACGUCCAGCUUUUACAAUAUCGACUCUUUCGUUUCGGCCUCGAGAAAGCUCUGGAAAGUCUCCCAUGGCGUACGUUGAACGAGGUGUUGUGAAGUCCCAGAGAUCAUUUUGGCGUCUCAAAACUAUAACUGAUUUCUUUUGGGCCAUCGUAAACGUUAUUGGUGUGUUUUUUACCACCUUGUUCUCGAUGGAAAAAUCAGAGGCAUAUAGAAAAGGAUCCGGUUCAGGAAAGAAAUGGGACGGUGGGGGCCCUGGAGGUCCUGGGUCGGGGCCCUAUGGUGGUCGUCCCCGCGGUCCACCUCGUGGUCUGGACAAUGUUCGAGGGAUUGAUCACAGCUCGUUACCUGCCUGUGGCUCGUGCUGUGGCUAAGAUAUGGCUGCUUCCAUGGUUCGUCUACAUAAAGCUGUCUCUCUAGACAAUCUUAUUUCAAUUUAAAACUGUGAGACGUGGUGUAAAUGUUGAUGGAAUGUUAAGUGCGAAUAUAUUUUAUGUCAAAGUAAAACGUAAAUCCUUCAUAAAUCAAUGAGUUCUCUCAUAAUCUCAUCUCAUCUUGAUUUUUUAA